UUGCACGUUAAUCGUAAUGGGGGGAGGUUUUAAAAGAGCAUAGUUGCUACAAGACAAAGGAGAAAAAGAAAACUGGUCUGAAUUAUUUCCAUCGAAUUUGAUUUUCCAGAAAAGAAAAGCAGCUAUAGAAUGGAUAGUAUGCAUACAGUCAGUGUAAAUAUUUGUGCUUCCUUUACUUUAUCUUCGGGGAGCGAAGAGAAAGACGAAACAUAAGUCCUUGUUUAACUGUUCGGAUAAGCAUGCCAAGUGAUGGAAGAUACAUGUAACACACGGUAUUUCUGACGAUGGUUUGAUAAAAUACAAAAAAAACAACAACACGAGUCCCUUUCCUAGUCCGGCAAUCUAACAUGUAUAAAGGCGUGUUUGAUACAAGGAGGUGCGGCUAAGAAAGAGAGAAAAAACUAUGAGCAAAGUUCCACCCUCCUGGAAACAAAACUUUUUAGAGAAGCAUCGAGUUGGAUCAAGAGACCGCAGGAGAAACUUGCCCUUUGGAAUUACAAGACAAGGCCGACCUUGACGUGCCCCUAAAAAUAAAGGAUUUUGUUUCUUGGAAUAGAGUAAAUUUGGUUUGCGAUUUGGUAUGCGAGAGCUGUGUCGAAAAGUGCGAUGUACUGGAAAAGUGAACAAAUGCUCAUGAGUAGCAAAGCGGAAGACAAGAGAAAUGGCCUGAACGCACUGUCUAAUGAAAAGUUUCUCGUCAUGUCUGAAGAUUGUGAAGGAGCAGCUACGGGCUCUUUUGGAAGAAGUAGGAAACCCAGGACUGAUACUGAAUUGAGUACUCCUGAAGUUUUUGAGGACGAUUCGUGUUCCUCCUCCUCGCUGUCUCCUUCCUCUUCACCUCAGGCCAUGGCCUCCACCUCGCUCUUGGGGAAAACCGUUUGUACCAGCUGUGGUCUGGAGAUAGUUGACAAAUACCUUUUAAAGGUAAACGACUUGUGCUGGCACGUGCGAUGCCUGUCCUGCAGUGUCUGCAGGACAUCGUUAGGAAGGCACACAAGCUGUUACAUCAAAGAAAAAGACGUUUUCUGUAAACUGGACUACUUCAGAUAUGGGACACGGUGUGCUCGCUGUGGCAGACACAUACACUCCACAGACUGGGUUCGCAGAGCAAAGGGAAACGUUUAUCACCUUGCGUGCUUUGCGUGCUUCUCCUGCAAGAGGCAGCUUUCUACUGGAGAGGAGUUUGCCUUGGUUGAAGAAAAAGUUCUGUGUAGAAUACACUAUGACUGCAUGUUGGACAACCUAAAAAGAGCUGUGGAAAAUGGAAAUGGUGUAAAUGUAGAAGGAGCAUUGCCGACAGAACAGGAAGUUAACCAACCUAAACCAGCUAAGAGAGCUCGCACCAGCUUCACAGCAGACCAGCUUCAGGUGAUGCAAGCACAGUUUGCUCAGGAUAACAAUCCAGAUGCACAAACCCUUCAGAAACUUGCAGAAAAGACAGGCCUCAGCAGGCGAGUCAUUCAGGUUUGGUUUCAGAAUUGUAGAGCACGCCAUAAGAAACAUGUUUGUCCCAACCAUUCAUCCACUGCCCCAGUGUCCUCCAUCCAACCCUCUCGUCUUUCACCACCAAUGCUGGAGGAAAUGCAAUAUUCAGCAUAUGUGCCUCAAGAUGGGCCAAUGCUAACCGCUUUACACUCCUACAUGGAUGCUCAUUCGCCUUUGGUCUUUCAACCCUUGCUACCACCUACAAUGACACGGCUACCAAUCAGUCAUGCCUGAUUCCCCUUUGUGUUCAGCAGCGAGGAGUUGCUAACUAUUCAGGUUGAUCCUCCAAGAAGCGCAUUGAUCUUUUAUAGUAGUAUGUUAUACUAACAUAUGCCAACAACUUCAUUUUUUUAUGAAGCUCUACUGUUGGUAAUUGGCAUCAUUGAUCUGAUAACAAAAAGAAAAUCUAUCAGCGUGCUAAAACAAAGGUUGUUGUAACACACCAUUUUGUUUGUAUUGUUUGUGGUUUAAUUCAUGGUGUAUAUUUUUUUUUGUUAAUUUAUUUGUAUUGACUGAGCACUUUGUUUAAAAAAAUAAAAUAAAAUAAAUAAAUGAAUGCAUAAGUGUAGAAAUGUUUACCCUUCUGUGUACCGUUGUAGUCUCUCCAAGGUUGAAAUCCUGAUCCUAUAAUUAAUGGAAAUUAGGGCAAUAUGUCUAUCAUGCAUUUUUGCAAUGAAUGUGUUAAGCUUUAUUUUUUUCUUCAAAAAAGGUUUUUAUUCUGUAAAUAUUGCUUUAGUGUUGUACUGAAAUGUAUGUUUUUAGUAAGUUAUUGUAGUUUUUAUAUUUAAGUAUUUGGCCUGUACACUGCACAAACAGGUACAAACGAGUUUGACUGCUGUUCAGAACACCGCUCUAUUGAAAUCACUGGAGGCACAACCCCUUCAUUUAUUGAUGCACUUGUUGAUUUAGUCUGUUGCAAGCAGUGUACGUUGACUUAAACAUUGGUUACAAUGGAGGUUAGACAAAUAAACAGACAUUUGGGAAGUUGCACCAACUUUUUGCAUUCAGACAGUUAUCAAUUUUGUUUUUUUACAUUUGACUCCAAAAAAGUCUUGCGUUUCCCCCUCCAUAAAUGUGUGUACUGCAUUAUUUUUAUAGUGUUCUUAAAUGAAAAUAAAAUGUGGCACAUGCAACAACUGAUUUGCAUA